GCAUUUGUACCAAGAAGCAUGGCGGAAGAAGUAAAUGUAACACGAACAUUAGAGCAGCAGCAGCGUGAGCUUACUGAAAUUGAAAUGAGUGAGAAAGAAGAAAGAGAACAGCCCGAUAGGGUUAUUUUGGAGACGAAGGGAGGAGAAGGGACGAAUGAAACCCACGCACUGGAAGAUCCGUUUAAGAAACCUGACGUUUUCAAGGCGCCUUCCUUGCCUUUAAAGAAACCCGGAGCAGCUGCCCCGGUGUCCACUGUUGAUGAAGAACCCGUUGUGGAAAACAGUGUGAAGUCUGUAAUACCCGAAGCCACGCACACAGGUAAAGAAGGCUUGGAAUCAGAAGGGGACUGCGGUACAUCUGGUGAUGGCAUUUUAGAAAACGGCAGCGACACGACAAACGACUGCAGCCAGACAACCUCUCCGACAACCGCGAAACCCGUAAAGGAUAACGCAGCCAGCGCAACAGUACGAGGUCUUGCAAGUGCGCAGGUCCUCAAAGCCAAACUCCCAUCCAAAGUAUCGGACGUGAAGUUUAAACCCUGCCCUCCUUUGCCAUACACCGAGCCGCCCUGGGGCGGUCUGGCAGAGACAUCUUACUACUUUGAAAUUCUGAAAAAUGGCACCAUCCUUGACACGGUACCGCUCACCGAGAGGAGCUUCUUCGUGUUUGGUCGGUUACCAAACUGUGAUGUGUCCCUGGAACAUCCCUCCAUCUCUCGCUACCACGCCGUGGUCCAGUACCGGCGGCGCGCUGGAGAGGAGGGCGUGAUCGGGGAAGAGAAGGGCUUCUAUGCUUUCGACCUGAGUAGUACACAUGGCACCUUCGUCAACAAGAACAAGAUUCCGCCCAAGACCUACAUCAGGCUAAGAGUGGGCCAUGUGCUCAAGUUUGGGGGCAGCACCAGGCUGUUCAUCCUGCAGGGCCCAGAGUGUGACGCGGAAGCUGAGUCGGAGCUGUCCGUCACGGAGCUGAGGGAGCACAGCCAGAGGCAGCGGGAGGAGCUGGAGAAGCGGAUGAUGGGAGACGGCUCGGACGAGGAAAGGGAGGGAGAGGGAGAGGAAGAAGGGGAGAGCAGCACCAGCGGGAGCUGUGCCAGUGAAGAGGGCAGCUGCACCUGGGGAAUAGGGGAAGAUGCGCUUCCAGAGGAGGAUGAGAACGCCGAGAAUCCCUUCGCCAGUGAGUUCCAGGAGGACCCAGAGGCCCUUUACUUGAAGGACCCCAAGAAGGCCCUGCAGGGGUUCUUCGACAGGGAAGGCGAGGAGCUGGAGUACGAGUAUGAUGACAAGGGCCGCAGCACAUGGGUCUGCAGAGUCAGGUUACCAGUGGACGACGCGGUGGGCAGACAGCUGGUGGCAGAGGUAACCCACACGGGGAAGAAGAAGGAGGCAGCCAUACAGUGUGCCCUGGAGGCCUGCCGUAUCCUGGAGGCUCGUGGGCUUCUGCGCCAGGAGGCAGUGUCUCGCAAGAGGAGGAAGAAGAACUGGGAGGAGGAGGAUUUCUAUGACAGUGAUGAUGAUGCCUUCCUGGAUCGCACCGGAGCCGUGGAGAAGAAGAGGAAGGAUCGCAUGAUGAAGGCUGGCAGGAUCCAGGAGAAACCUGAGACCUAUGACUCCCUGGUGGUCAAGCUGGAAGAUGUGGAGAGAGAGCUGGCUGAAACCGAGCAGAAGCUCAGCAGUUCCGGAAAGAGCUCUGACCCCUCGUCCUCGGAGGACCCCCUGGACGCCUUCAUGUGUGAGGUGCGGAGCGGGGCUGCCCUGGACAGCAUGGCACGCAAGAAGCUGCACGUCCGCAUCGCCGAGCUGCGCAGGGAAAGGCAGCGUCUCCAGAAACUCGUGGAGAUCACGCGCCCCGCACAGCUGCCAGCACUGCAGCCCACGGGUGGCAGCCAGCCCACAGAGACGGAGAAGCCCAGGAAGCUCUGCUUGCCCAUGUUUGGUGCCAUGAAAGGAGGCAGCAAGUUCAGGCUGAAGACUGGCACUAUAGGGUGCUUGCCCCCGAAACGCACAGACUUGCCUCCCGAGCUCCUGAACAUGAAGGAGAUGCUGCCAGGGCAGGAGGAAGAGGAGGAGGAGGAAGAAGAAGAAAUGCCUGCAUCACAGUUGAAGGACAAGGCAUCGGACAAGCUGGGGCCAGAGGAAGCUGGCAUGUCCUUCCAGGAAGAGGAGCCAUCCGAGACACACAGCUCUGGGGAUUCUGGGGGGAGGCCCCCGGCUGCUGCCCGGCUGGAGUCCGAUACAGGGGAUGGAGAGAUGAGACCCCCUGGCCCUGAAGCCCCCAGUACUGCCUCCACACCCCAAGGGUCCGUGCGGACUGGCGAUGCGAAAGCAGCAGAAGCAAGUCCCAAGAAGAAGAAGAAGAUGUGUGGUCCCAGCAGGCCGCCCGCUGGCCUCCUCUCGGCCCGGUAUCCAGAAGAUGACCCCGACUACUGUGUGUGGGUCCCGCCUGCAGGUCAGACAGGGGACGGCCGGACUCAUCUUAAUGAGAAGUAUGGGUACUGAGGUCAGAAGUCGGACACCCACACAAGAGGGACUUGUUCUUUCAGCGACCUGGCGCCAAGCAACAAAAGCCCUGGCUCACAAUUUUUCUUCUUCCUCCCUCCAUCACUACAUUUUCCCUGAUCUUGCAAAACUGUCACCUCGUUAAACACUGCACAGGAGAAAAGGGACUGAGAGUCUUCCUCGCACAGGAAUGUACUGUUAGACCUGUCACAGCACAGCAGGGUGUCUCGCUGGCCCUCAUGCCUUCAGAGCCAGAGGUAACGAACCUGUCAGCAUGUAAGUGUGGACUCGCAGAUAUCACAAGUCAUCACCUAGCCCUGGGUGACCUUUGACCUCCAUUUAAUGUGCUUCAGCAUGUCAGUUUUCUCAUUUUGCAGAAAGAGUGAAACAAAUCAUUAGGCUGUUUCAUUUGAACCUUUUUUGGUUUCUGAAUUAUCGUUUGGACUGGAAGAUGUAAGUGUGCACUACCUUCGGAACUGUUCUCUGCAUCUUUAGGUGUUUUUUAUUGCAAAUGUUCACAAGUGUACAAUACAAGCUUGUUUUCCUAGAUCUUAACUCUCUGACAGACUGGAGGGAACUAUGUCCUCAAGCUAUUGAGAACAGGAAUAGUUUUUCACCCAACCUUGCUCCAACCACCCUGUAAAUAACGUGAAGUCUCAUGCUUAAUAUUAGAAGUCAAUCUUAUCUCUGUAUAUUUUGAUAUUGCUGUUUAUAUAAUAAAUAUUAUACUGUAUAUAA